UACGGGCCGAAGGCGACGGCUUCUGAACUCGGAUCCCUUCCGCAGGCACGGAUCAAGAAGAUCAUGCAGACAGACGAGGAGAUCGGGAAGGUGGCGGCGGCUGUGCCUGUCAUCAUCUCCCGGGCGCUCGAGCUCUUUCUGGAGUCGCUGUUGAAGAAGGCCUGCCAAGUGACCCAGUCCCGCAACGCCAAAACCAUGACCACGUCCCACCUGAAGCAAUGCAUUGAGCUGGAGCAGCAGUUUGACUUUUUGAAGGACUUGGUGGCAUCGGUGCCUGACAUGCAGGGGGAUGGGGAAGACAACCACAUGGACGGGGACAAGGGCCCUCGAAGGGGACGGAAGCCAGGCAGCAGCAGCCGGAAGAAUGGUGGGAUGGGAAGCAAAGGCAAGGACAAGAAGCUGUCUGGGACAGACUCUGAGCAGGAGGAUGAGUCUGAAGACACAGAUACUGAUGGGGAAGAAGAGAUGCCACAGCCCCCAGCCCAGGCCAGCCAUCCUCCUGCCCCCUUUCAAAGCCCUUCAGCUCCCUUCAUGCCCUUUGCCUCUACUCUGCCUUUGCCUCCGGCACCCCCGGGUCCCUCAGCACCUGAUGCAGAGGAUGAAGAGGACUAUGACUCCUAGCACCCCCUGCCCCCCAGGCCAUACCCCCUUUUAGUUGGUUUUAGUUGCUCUGGGGGGAGGAGAGACUAUGGAACCGUUCUUAAAUUUAUUAAUAAAAAUAAUAAAAGGGAA